GCCUCUCAAAUAAGAUCUGAAUCCAUCCCUGCCUCAGCCGGCAGACCAAGACAUGAGAGGCGGCGAUCGCUUUGAAGUGCUGCCGGACGAUCUCGUCCAGCACGUGCUCUCCUUCCUGCCGUCUCGCGAUGCGGUGGAGACGGCCGUGCUCGCCCGCCGCUGGCGCUACCUGUGGAGGUCCACCCCCGCCGUCCGCGUCAACGGCUCAGGCGACGGCUUUCGCCUCUUCGUCAACAGCUUGCUGCUCCACCGUGAUGGCGCCUCCCCGCUACGCUCGUUUGAGAUCGACGCCGACCUGCUCAUAGGCGAGGAAAGCGACGACGACGACGAGUACAGCUAUUUCGACCCUCACGUCGACCUCUGGAUCAGGCACGCUCUGUCGACUUGCCGCGCGCGCUCGCUCACCGUGCGCAUCCCCUUACCUGCCGACCAAGAUAGGUGGUCGCCUAAACCUUUCGCCUCCCCGCACCUGACGACGAUGCGCCUCCAGGGGGUCGAUCUCGACCACGGCAGCCUCGAUUUCUCCUGCUGCACGAAGCUUCUCCACCUCAGCCUCACUGCCUGCAGCCUCGAUGGCGACGCCAUCGUGUCGCCCUCGCUGGAGCGCCUCCAUAUCAUGGACUGCGCCUCAGAAUCGCCGAUCAGGAUUUCCACCCCGAGCCUCCGUCAUCUGCAGCUAUCCGGUGACCACGACGGGAUCUGUACUGCACCGUCGUCUCUCGACACCAUGCCUUGCUUAACCAAUGCAAGCAUCCAGCUUACUGGCUUCAUCGAGGGCGGCGAUGGUGAUGCCAAUGCCGGCCGCUCUUUGAUUCUCCGUGGAUUAUCGGAAGCCACCAGCCUGGAGCUCAUAGCUACGAGGAGCGAUGGAAGGACUAUCUUCCUAAGGGAUUUGGCAUGGUGCCCUACAUUCCCAAAGUUAAAGACCUUGAUACUUAAUGAGUGGUGUGUGUAUGAUGAUGUAACUGCCAUUGAGUGCCUUCUACGCCACACGCCAAGAUUGGAGAGCCUCAUUCUGCAACUUAAUUUUAAGAACCACCCUAAACUCCAGGUGGAAGGAGAAGGAAGUGAUAAUACAUCAGAACAGUCUAUUCUUAACUUUGAGCACCUUAAGACAGUGGAGAUCACGAACCGUACACCUUAUUAUUAUGAACGGGUGGUAUAUUUUGACACAAGGAUUGAUGAAGUUUUUAAGCUGUUCAGUGACUUGGGCAUACCUAGCAGUAAGAUCAGUAUCAACUACGAGAAACCUGAAGCAACGCAAUCUACCAAUAGUUUGCCAAUGCAGUUGAAUGAUGGAGGAUUUAGCACACCCAUAAAGAAAACAAGUGCUCCUCUCUUUUGUUCAAGUUUUACACCUGAAUGUGAAGAGAAUUGAAUGUGCAAGACAUGCAUACAGGUGGUCCAUCAUGAUUCAUGAAAGAUGCAUCUCUUGCAAGAACAGCCAUGGCUUACUAGUAGCACUAUUUUAUUUGAUGUUCAUCAAGACUUCAUGUAAUGGUUUCGAAAUUUUUAUUUGUCCGAGUGUUAAACAAGACUUCAUGUAAUCCAUCAGAAAUUUUUAUUUCAUCCAAGUGUUUGUCUUAGUUGUAAUGGAGCAAAUUUGAGCUUGCUUCUCUGUUAGUUGAGUUACUAAUGAAUUUUGCGUCAGCAGCAUUGCUGCAAUCUCUGUACUGCUGCCAAACGGUUUGCAAAAGUGAUAUCCUAGAUGAUGGAACCUAUCUAUCUUUAA